GAAUGAAAGCUGCGGGUCCUGAAACUGUUUUCCAGGCGGUUGAUGACGGUAUUAUAUCAGUGGAGACUCUCCCCUGAACCUAAUGAGCAUGCUUUCACGUCAGCGCACCACCCUCCCCGCGAAACGUCAACUACAGCUUCGAGAGCUGCGAGCUCUUUGAUCACAUUCACCUAGAAUUGAGCUUCCACGCAGAAUCUACGUUUCUUCGCAUCGGAAACGACGCUUGGUUGAAUGGGGUUUCAUACCAAAUAAAUAAUCCGACAUUACUACAGUAGUUUGCAACCUGUCAAAGGUGCACAGCGGAAUUGAAGCCAUAAUGACGAGCACUCGGCAACUGGUACCAGCCCUCCUCCGUACGUCGGCGCCGGCCGUCAGAGGAACAGCCGCGCGACCAGUAUGCGCAAGAUCGGUUCACCGUUCUCUCAGCGCUUCCACCAGGCCCUUCGGUCGGCAAUUGCAGGCGCCUAGACAGCAAAAGCCUCAAUGCCAAAUCUUCCACCAAUGUCGGACUUAUUCAAAACAAUCGAAACCGGUCGAGCCGAAGACAUCGUCCCUUACCUUUGACCAGGUCGAAAGACACGUCCUAGAUAUAAACGAAGGCGCUGAUACGAACACGGUCAUAAUUGACGUUAGGGAACCCCACGAACUCAAGACGACGGGACGCAUUCCCUCUGCUGUCAACAUACCAAUUACGUCACACCCGGACAGCUUCCACAUACCUGCAGACGAGUUCCGGCUCAGGUUCGGCUUCGACCGCCCCGCUCUCGACAAAAAGCUGAUUGUGUACUGCAAGGCCGGUGUCAGAAGUCGGGCUGCCAAGGCCAUGGCCCUUGAUGCUGGGUUCGAGCAUGUCCAUGACUAUCCGGGAAGCUGGCUGGACUGGGCCAAGAACACAGACGAUAUUCAGAAAUGAUGGCAGAUAAGAGGCUACCAGCCAUAUCUUUAUACCUAAACGGGUCCAUCGAUUGUAUAAUUAUCAAUAUAAUAUGACGUUGAACAACACCCAGCCGAGCUUGACGCUUUAGUUUAGUGCGU